AAAUGCGCCGAAAUUGAGUGGGAUGCUGCGUUGUUCGAAUCUGACAGGGUGUUACUCAGUUUCUGAAAACAAACAUUGAGAGGAAGAGAAUCGACAAUUAUGUUGAAUACUUUAAGCAGAGGGAGGGAAUCUGAAUUAACGUUCUUCCCCAGACCUGAACCGUGGACUGGGAUAAUAAGCUUCUAAUUUGUGAGGUCUUGACCUUGUUUCCCAUUGCUGCAAUGCAGGUGAUGACCUUUACAUCAGCUUCUACUAACGGAUAGAAUUGGAAACCAUGCCCUACUUGCACGGAUUUCGACGAAUUAUCUUCGAGUAUCAGCCUCUAGUCGAUCAAAUUCUUAGGGUUGUAGGGUUGCAGGAACCAACUGGAGAGGCUGGUGAGGAAAAUCCAACCAGCGAGGUUCCUGUGACUGCAGCGGACGCAGCAGCACUGCAGGGGCUGCUGGAGAGAGAGGCACAAUCACCCUUCUACGUGGAAGCUAUCAGCUGUGCUUUGUUUAAAGUGGCUGAGGCAGGUCUGACCACCGCAGCUGAGAAACUGCUGACGCAUGGAGCUGACCUCAACUUCGAAGAUCCCGUGACAUAUUACUCAGCGUUGCACAUAGCAGUCCUGCGCAACCAGCCUGACGUGGUAGAACUGCUGGUCCAGCAUGGAGCAGACAUCAACAAGAGAGACCGGGUUCACAGCAGCAGCCCACUAGACCUGGCCAGUGAGGAGUUAGAACGUUUGCCUUGCCUGCGGCGGCUUCUUGAUCUCGGUGCCGAUAUAAAUGGAGUUGACAGGACUGGAAAAUCAGCCUUGCUGCAUGCUCUGGCCAGCAGUGAUGGAGUACAGGUACACAACAUCGACAACAUCAAGCUGCUCCUUGAGAGGGGUGCAGAUGUGAAAGCAAACAUGAUAGAUGGCGACAACGUCUUCACAUUCAUUGUAUUUCUUCUGGGUGAGACAGAAGGUAGAGACCAGACCGAGACUGAAACCCUCAGGCACUUCUGCUUGCAUGCCACUCAGCUGCUGCUCGCCCAUUCUGCUCAACCCAACGCGUGUCAACCUGAGGAUUCCCUCAUCUACACCUGCAUUAAUCAGUUUGAAGUCCAUCUCCCAAUCAUACAAGUUCUCCUGGACUCGGGGGCUUCCAACCAUUGCCCUGACCACGGCCCUUCCUGCUGGUCCGGAUUCACACUUCUCUUUGAGAGACUGCGUACGCUGUUAAACGGACCUGAGACUGGAAUCACACACCGAGAAGCCUUGCGCCGAGCAGGUGUGGCCUUGGACCUAAUGCUGGGCAAUGCAACGCGUCCCUCGCUGCCUUUAGGCUGGGAAAUCAAACCAACAGCUUACUCCAUCUACACAGACCAAGUACUGGCGUUGUCCAGGCCCCUGAAACUACUGGAGUUUUCUCCAGCCUCACUGAAGCAUCUGUGCAGGGUGGACAUCCGACGACUUCUGAGGCCCGUGCCUUUGGAUCAUAAGGUGAAAGCCCUGCCACUGCCAGACCGGUUGAAGUGGUUUUUGUUGAUGGAAAAUAGUAAGAGUGAGGAUGAAAUCAUGCAACAGUAAAGGCAGAGGGCAAUUUGGCAGUGAUUUAAGACUAGUCAUUGUCUGGGGCAGAGAUCUGGAUUUCUGCUGCUGGUCUGAGGUUGACUGUCAGAACCCAACACCAUUUGACGACUUGAACAGUAUUGAGGUAUGAGACCACAAACAGGCUCAUGGAGAAAGAGUCUCUGCUGACAUUGUUACACAAUCUGUACAGAUAGACUAGUGAAGUCCAGACAUGAAUGAUAAUUUCUGUACCAUAGCUUAGAUCAACCAGUUUGAAGACUUUAAUAUUUCUGCAGCAAUGAAUUCAACUCUCAACUGGUAAUUGUAAGAUUUCUAUGCUUGAUCUAAGAUCCCAUACUUAUACAAGAGAUUAGAUGCUACAUGUGAAAUUCUAUACUUAACCGAAAAAAACUACAUUGGAUUAUUCCCAAGAGUAUGCAUUCCAUUGUCUUCCAAUUGAAAUAGGGAAUGUGUGGGCAGGUGAAAUAUCCGGUACCAAAAAGGUUGAACUCUUAUCUGCACAGUUGGACUAGGCUGGUGCUCAGUGUCGGGACAGAGGGGUCAACAAAAAUAGUCGGAGUUUUGCUCUUUGGUUGAGAUAUUAAACUGAGAAUUGCAUUGGCUCUUUCAUUGCUCCUUCACCCAUUCCAAGCAUUGUGCAUCUUUGUGUCUGUCCUGAGUAACAUUCAACCAACCACAAAAAGAAGUCAACAUCUUUGGUGUUUAUGAGCUCUUGCUGUACAUAAAAUGCCUGUGUUUUCCAACAUGAUGACAGGUUUCUGAACUGCAAAACCCAUGUUAGUGUACAUGGCACUUUGCUUUUAUACCACAUUCACCACAUCUGUCACGCAGUGGCAAUUCUUACCGGAGUUAAAUCACCAGCGCUGUGGCUGGUUUACCUCUGCCAUUCUGCGCGUAGUGUUGAGAUUAGACAGGCAAGGGGUAGUACCUGCCUCUUUCACUCUUUAUUUUGAAAUUAGAUCGUUGUAUGUUGUGAAGCCUAUAGGGAGAUCAGUUUUCGAUAAGUACAAAGAAUCAAACAACCUUGCUUGUGGAGGACAGGGAACCUAUUACACAUGUCCCAUAUGAAAACAGGAAUUUGUUUAAAUUCAUAUGUUGUGUGUUUUGACCUGAGAUUUUCUGUGUUUUUGAUGCACGUUGAGUGAUGGAAGGGAGCAAAUGCUAAAUGUUGAGGCUCUCAAACCUGUGGUGAGGGAGCAGUUUGCUUCAAGGCAUAGGGUAAUAAGUUAUCCUUUGCUAUCAACCUUGGCUGAGGUGAGGAAUGGGGGACUGUAAACAUUGGAGGGGCUGUUUGCUCAGAUCAGCCAAGUCCUGAUGGUUUUGGCCCAUUGCUAAGUGCAUUUAAGGUUUAAGGGUACUGAGUAGUGCUUUGGGUGAUGGAUAGUCCAGAUGGGUGUAUUGCCAACCCCAUUGGCAGAAAGAGCUAGGUGACAAAAACAGUAGGGUGUCUUACAGACAGGUCAGUGCUCACAUUUCAAGGUACCAUAUGAGAGAUGGUGUCUCCCACCCACCAGAUAUUGACUCUCAGCUGGAAUUACUAACUUCAAGUCCUCAAACAAACAGUGUAUAUCUUUUGAUUUCAAUAACAUUUGUUUAAUUUAUUGGAAGCAGAUAUUGCUUUGGUAAAAAGUUGAUUUUUAAUUAUCCUUUGUAGUUGUGUGAAAAUAGACCCGCUCCUGUGUUUUGACCUUUGACCCCUUUCUCAAAAUUUAGUUUCUUUCAUAAACUGUAUGUAAAUGUACAAUAAUUCAGAAACAAAUUGCAGCCAGAAUUGUUUUAAUAAAUAUA